CUUGACAUCCAUGCGAGUUCAAGCAGCGCUUCGCAUCGUGGGGUUGGCGGCGGCCCUGUUCUUGUUGGUGUCGCUGACCGUCGUGGAUGUGUCCUGGUGGACACGAGUCGAGUCCAUGCUGGUUGUCCCGGGCCGUGGAACGUCCCAUCCCAGACAACACAAACGUGACGCUUCGCACUCGUUCGUGCGGGCUGUAGUGUUGUACGUCGCCCGCACUGAAGAAUCUUCGUUCCUUCCUCCCUUCCAGCGCCUCCGCCGCAGCUGGCUUGCCAUGAGCUGCACUGAACCACCGUCGUGGCGUACAGAUCUCGUGGUCGUCACAGACGCGCCAACCAUGGUCGACGCAUUGGCGGCGCUCAACUGUUCCGUUGAGCUGCGACAGAACGCUUCUCAGCCGAAUAUGUGUGUCGUCGUGACCGGGUACGCACGUGCGAAGGCCACCGUGGCCACUGGAAUCGACCCUGGCGUGGAUGCAUUCCGAGUGCUCAGCUUUGUGCCAGCCACGACCUACGACUGGCUCCUCCGCACAGACGUCGACACGUUUCUUGCGCCGGGGUUCUCCACGUAUCGCCCCAACGCAAUGGUCGCAAGUGUGGCCGCGUACAUUCAACCAAGCACCAACACAACGGCUCGCUUGGACGGCAUUGCCACCGAGCUGAACUUGACCUCUCUGGCGCCCCACAUCACCAACAUCGGGUCCACCUGGUACGGGCCAACUCGCCUCAUGCAAACAUGUGCCGCCCUCACGGCAGACCUCAUGGAGACGUUGUACAACGACCACUUCACCGACUUGGAGAAGUCGCCGGCGUAUGGCACGACGGGGUGGCCGAACUGGCACGUCGGUGUCCUCGCUUCAUAUGCUGGCCACUUGGCCAUCCGGAAUUGCACACACUCCACAGGCGGCAUUGUCUUGGCUGGCGACACUCUCAACGUUCCAUCCACGUCGUUGGAACUUGCAGAGUACGUCGCCCACAUUCACGCCUUGCAUGACGACAUCGGCUUGGUCAGCAUUGCGCCAAACACAGUCUCGAACUCCACCGGCAACCACCACGUCACUGUUCGCGAGUUUACGCAGGCCAUGGCAUCAACGACGGAAGCCUCUACCGUUUCGCCCCCAACCAUUGUGUCGCCGUUCGUGCGAGCUGCAGUUGUGUACUUGCCGUCGACGCUGCCGCGCUUUUUGCACGAGUUUCGGUGGUUUCACCGGAGCUGGCAGGCCAUGCAAGCGUACGAGCCCCCGGGAUGGCAUACCGACAUUGUUGUGGUCACAAAUGGCCACGUCCCGACGCUCGACGACCUCAACUGCACGGCGACACCGCGCCAGCAUGCCACCGACCCCAAUCGGUGCAUAGUCGACGCGACUUACACAAGCGUCAACACCCCCGAGUUUCCGUACCCUUACGCCGACUCGGUCAACGUCGUGGCCGUGACGCCGCUUGCUGCGUACGACUGGGUUCUUCGCACCGACAUGGACACUUUCUUGACGCCAGCGUUUGCUACAUGGAGGCCAUCCAUUUUUGUCGUGGGGAUGGGGGGGUACAACCUCGCGGGGCUGUCGACCGACGCUCGCCUUGAAGGCAUCAUCGCCAAGCUCCAGUUGACGCCGAAAACGGUCGAUAACGUCGGGUCCACGUGGUUUGGUCCGACCGCGCUCGUCCAGUCGUGCGCCCAGCUUUCGAUGGACGUGCAGCGAUACAUGUACAAGCACGAGUUUACAGACGACGAAAAGAGCCCGUCGUACGGCAUCAAGGGGUGGCCCCAUUGGCACAUUGGCGUGCUCUCAAUGUACGGCGGUCACAUCGCGAUUAAUCACUGCACGCGAGCAUUCGGCGUCGUCAAGGACGCCUACAACUUGGACUUUCCCACAACGUCGCACGAGUCCCCCACGCGGCACGCGCAUCUCCAUACGUGGCAAGAUAGCGCUCGGUUCUCCAAGUUUGCGUUUGCCGUUGGAGCGUACAAGCACGAAAACAAGUCGGCGCUCAACUUGGACGACAUAAGCGACUACGCUAUGUUUAUGGCGCUCGAUUCGCAGCCAGGGAUGCAUUAAACCCAGUCAAGAUCGACGGGAUGUGUUUCGA